UUUUUGAUAGCUGAUCAUUUUGAGGUUCGAUCGUCACCAUGACUGGUGCUACAAACCAGUUUAUAUCUGUUAGUCCUGAGGAACUCAAAUUCCAAUUUGAGCAGGAGAAACAAAGCUACUGUGAUCUUAAAGUUACAAACAGCACAGAGAAUUAUGUUGCUUUCAAGGUGAAAACUACUUCUCCUAAGAAGUACUUUGUUCGGCCAAACACGGGUGUCAUACAUCCUUGGGAUUCCUGUUUUAUACGAGUCACCCUUCAAGCUCAAAAGGAGUAUCCCUCGGACAUGCAAUGCAAGGACAAGUUCCUCUUACAGAGCACCAUUGUGAAUAGUGAUGCUGAUGAACUUCCUCCAGAUACUUUUAAUAAGGAUAGUGGAAGAAAUGUAGAAGAGUGCAAGCUAAGGGUUGUUUACAUCUCUCCUCACUCAUCUCCGGGACAUUCUGAAAAUGCGUUUAAACAAAGUUCCGAUGGCAACUCUAGUCAAGCAGUGCAGCGUGCCAGAGAUGAAAGGGAUGCACUUUUUCGACAAACGCAGCAGUUGCAACAGGAACUGGAAGUGCUGAAGAGACAAAAAAGGCGGAGAAGUGAUUUAGGCUUCUCUCUAAAGUUUGCACUUCUGGUGGGACUCAUUGGGUUAAUGGUUGGGUUUCUGUUUAAACUGUUGAUGUCUUCACCUUCUACAGAAAUUGUUGAUUUUUAAGAAAAACCAAGUCCCCUCGUUCGUGGAAUUAUAGUUUUUCUUUUAGUUUACUGUAAAAUUUCUAGUGUUGGUGAACUGCUGUAGAGCUCGCUGGCUCUGUUCUUUCUGUGUAAAUUGAUCAUUUUUAUG